AUGGCAUCAUUCAACCCAUUUGCGAGACGCGAAACUCAUAGCGCCAACUCCCUAAAUACCUACCGGGUCCUUGUACCCCUCACCUGGGCCCUGGUUGUGGUGGUCGGCAUCUACUACUCCAUUCACUCGCCCGACGAUACCAAGAAGGGCAAGAAGAUCUGGAAACAGGCUAAUAAACAUAAUACUCCGUUCAGUCAGAACACUACGGUGACCGGUGUUUUCUGGAUCGUCCUCCUCCUCUCUCAGCUCAGCUAUGUCUGGCACCUCUUUUCCAAGAACAAUGUUCUUGUCACAGCCGCUGCCAAUGUAGCCAGCCACUUCAUCCUGAACAACCUCUUCCUCGCCGCUUGGAUCUGCCUCUGGACCCGCAACCACUUCUGGGGUGCAGAGAUCGUCCUCAUCGCCCAUCUAAUCAAUCAGACAGUCACCUAUUGGCGUCACCGCGGGCUGCCGCCAUUUGUGCACCUACCCGCUGUUGCCGGUCCUUAUGCCUGGACACUUACUGCGCUGUUCUGGAAUGGAGCGGUCGCUGUCCAUAGCCAUAAUCUGCCUGGCCGUAUUGUUGCCAAUAUCUUUAUCUGGGUGAUUCUCGCGAUUGGACUGUUUGAUAUCGUCCUCUGGGAGGAUUAUAUCCUUGGAUAUUGUUUGAGUUGGUUGACACUGUCACUUGCUCUCAGACAAGUCGCCAUCAAGAUCAUUGCCCUACAGUGGAUCUUUGCCUUUACCGUCUUUGCCGUGUUCUUGGCCGUCUCUCUUUACAUCUCUACGACCAAGUACACUGGUCGUGACAGCCUCUUCCGUCGCGUUGCCCACCCCGAGGCAGUUGACCGAGAGAGAGAGCCACUGCUCAAUGAGGGGGUCACAUUCCCACGUUCUAUCAUGAACCGCCAUCCGCCCAAUUACGGCGACGCGCCGCCCGCGUACCUCAACCACGACACGGCUUCCUAUCUCUCUGAUCCCGAGUCUCCAACCAAUGCCUCGCAUCUCAAUGGAGGAACUAUGCGUUUAUUGCCUAGCGGUGACGGCGCCGAUGACUUUGCUAGUAGUCAUAGGCCUCCUUCGCCUUCGCAUUAUGAUGAUUAUGAUCACACUCCGACUGCACAAGAUCGAAGCUAUGAUCAUUACUAUGAGGUGCCCAGCGUCUCCUCUCCUUCACGCCCACCAUCCAGCUUGGCCAGUGGGCCCAGUAUCCCGCCCCCUACAGCAAGCCUGGCAGACACUUCUGUCUACCCAUCUAUUCCCGCACGCACAGGAUCGCCAGUUCGCCCGUGGAGCCCAUCACAUAUCCGACCACCGUCCGUGUCAAGUGUUGGAUAUGAACGGGCCGAUCUAAACGGUAGCCCUCGGCCUGGUACACCCAGCUCAAGAUAUGGGGGUAGUCCUCGCCGACCAUUGCCUCCUGCGCCGUUGUUCUCCGGGCCAAAAUCAACAGUGGAUACGAGCAUCAAUAUUGGUGAUGCCCAUGGCGAAGAUCCGUUCGGCGGUGAUGGCCGUACAAUUCACCAUACUUCUCGCGGUAGCGUCCGAUCAUUCAUGAGUGAGUCAACAAUGUUAGGAGACGAGAAAGACGGCAUGUCAAAAGUCGACCUCGAUGAUGAAGAUGUCGACGAAUCGCAUAUGAUGGACCCCAACCUCCACUAUGGCCCGGCGCCCGACAAACAGGGCCGUCGUGGUGUCCGAUCCACGCAGGUAGCCAAAAAGGAAGUUCAGCUAGUCAACGGCGAGCUUAUUUUAGAAUGCAAGAUUCCAACCAUUCUUCACAGCUUCCUGCCUCGUCGUGACGAGCGCGAGUUUACACACAUGCGAUACACCGCUGUCACAUCCGAUCCAGACGACUACGGCGAACGAGGAUAUAAGCUUCGACAGCAGAUUGGUAGCACGACUCGCGAGACAGAGCUGUUUAUUUGUAUCACAAUGUACAACGAAGAUGAGAUUGGUUUCACCCGCACUAUGCACGGUGUGAUGCGGAAUAUCAGUCACUUCUGCUCGCGUACUAAGUCGCGGACAUGGGGCCGUGAUGGAUGGAAGAAGAUCGUUGUUUGCAUUGUCGCCGAUGGACGUAAGAAGGUCCAUCCGCGUACACUCAAUGCAUUGGCCGCCCUGGGUGUGUACCAGGAGGGCAUUGCGAAGAAUAUUGUCAACCAAAAGGAAGUCCAGGCACACGUGUAUGAGUACACCACGCAGGUCUCGCUUGACGACGAUCUCAAGUUCAAGGGUGCCGAGAAGGGAAUUGUCCCAUGUCAGGUCAUCUUCUGCUUGAAGGAACAUAAUAAGAAGAAGCUAAACUCCCACCGAUGGUUCUUUAAUGCUUUCGGUCGUGCCCUUCAACCAAAUAUUUGUAUUUUGCUUGAUGUUGGAACUCGACCAGAACCAAUGGCCCUCUACCACUUAUGGAAGGCAUUCGAUCAGGACUCCAAUGUUGCUGGCGCUGCCGGUGAGAUCAAGGCUGCCAAGGGUAAGAACAUGCUCGGUUUGCUCAACCCUCUUGUCGCAAGUCAAAACUUCGAAUACAAAAUGUCCAACAUUCUUGACAAGCCACUGGAAUCGGUCUUCGGUUAUAUCACUGUUUUGCCCGGUGCGCUCAGUGCCUAUCGAUUCUUUGCGCUGCAAAAUGACGCAGAUGGUCAUGGGCCCCUUAACCAAUAUUUCAAGGGUGAGACACUUCAUGGUCAAGAUGCAGACGUUUUCACCGCCAACAUGUACCUGGCUGAAGAUCGUAUUCUUUGCUGGGAGUUGGUUGCUAAGCGGGAAGAAAGAUGGGUCUUGAAGUUUGUUAAGAACGCCGUUGGAGAAACUGAUGUGCCGGACACGGUUCCUGAGUUCAUCUCCCAGCGCCGAAGAUGGCUGAAUGGUGCUUUCUUCGCAGCUGUGUAUUCGAUUUUCAACGCUAAGCAAAUCUGGAAGACGGAUCAUACUGUUGCCCGGAAGAUCUUGCUUCACAUCGAGUUCUUUUAUCAAUUCCUUAAUCUGCUGUUUACGUACUUUGGUCUUGCCAAUUUCUACCUCGCUUUCUACUUCAUUGCUGGCUCUUUGACUGAUCCGAAGCUUGAUCCGUUUGGUCACAACAUGGGCAAAUACAUCUUCGUUGUUUUGCGUUAUGCUUGUAUCCUGGUUAUGUGUUUGCAGUUCAUUAUCUCGUUGGGUAAUCGACCGCAAGGUGCCAAAAAUCUUUAUCUCUCCGGUAUCAUUAUUUACGCCAUUAUCAUGUUCUACACGGUCUUCUGUACCCUUUACUUGGUGGUCAAAGAGUUACUUGCACGUGCUCACGUUGGAGAUGAUCAUGACAUGGAAGUAGGGGACGGCCUAAUGAUGAACAUCGUCCUUUCCCUGUUGUCAACGGUCGGCCUGUACUUCUAUACUUCAUUCCUCUACCUGGACCCGUGGCACAUGUUCACCUCUUCGAUUCAAUACUUCCUGCUCAUGCCCAGCUACAUCUGCAUUCUCCAGGUCUACGCCUUCUGCAACACCCACGACGUAACCUGGGGAACUAAGGGCGACAACGUGAUCAACACCGAUCUUGGCGCAGCAAAGACUAUCAACGGCUCAACCGUCGUCAUCGAGAUGCCUUCCGAGCAACUUGACAUCGACUCCGGUUAUGACGCGGCCCUCCGCAAUCUCCGCGAUCGCCUCGAGGUCCCAGAGCCCCCACCAUCAGACUCCCAGCUACAGGAGGACUACUACCGUGCCGUCCGUACUUACAUGGUCUCAAUCUGGAUGGUCGCAAAUGUAAUCCUUGGUAUGGCUAUUUCGGAAAUAUACGGUAUCGACUCCGGCGGUACCAACGUAUACCUCGCUAUCAUCUUGUGGUCUGUCGCUGUCCUCGCUGCUAUUCGUGCUAUCGGCUCUACUACUUAUGCUAUCUUGAACGUCGUCCAGAAGAUAGUUGAAGGAAAGACAAAGUUCGAUGCGGGUAACAUGACAAACUUUGCCCCCAGCUCUUUCGGUGGUUCGAGUGCCGGUGCUACCUCUGAGUCUGGGGCAACCUCCUCCCGUCCUGUGCGCUAUGGCGGCGGUGCAUCCUUCAAGGAUAAAAUUGCAGAGGCUCGCUGGACUGCUGGUAGGGCGGUUGGAAAAGCUAUGUUCUGGCGCAAGUGA